GAUUGGGCACCUGGGUCACAAUACCUGAACUGGCUCCACGAAGGAUGGAUUUAUACUCUGGUGUGCAGGGCGUGGUGUGGAGCGACUAGUGACAGACACGCGGAAGGAAGAGUAUGGGGGAACACCCCUUCCAGUGGGCUGCUGCCCUCAGUCUUGCCAGGAUUCACAGUAACAUCUGUUCUUGUGCCCUGGGUACUGGGUUGUCAUUUUCACGUGGCUUGUGGAUUUGUAUUGAAGGUUGGUGUUCGAGGAAGGGACAUUGUUGUUCUUGGUGUGGAAAAGAAAUCAGUGGCUAAACUACAAGAUGAAAGAACAGUGCGAAAGAUCUGUGCUUUGGAUGACAACGUCUGCAUGGCCUUUGCAGGCCUCACUGCUGACGCAAGGAUCGUCAUCAACAGGGCCCGGGUGGAGUGCCAGAGCCACCGCCUGACUGUGGAGGACCCAGUCACAGUGGAGUACAUCACCCGCUACAUUGCCAGCCUGAAGCAGCGUUAUACACAGAGCAAUGGGCGCAGGCCUUUUGGCAUCUCUGCCCUCAUUGUGGGUUUCGACUUCGACGGCACCCCUCGACUCUAUCAGACUGACCCCUCUGGCACAUACCAUGCCUGGAAGGCCAAUGCCAUAGGCAGGGGUGCCAAGUCAGUGCGUGAAUUCCUGGAGAAGAACUAUACCGAUGAAGCCAUUGAGACAGACGAUCUGACCAUCAAGCUCGUGAUCAAGGCACUCCUGGAAGUUGUCCAGUCAGGUGGCAAAAACAUUGAACUUGCUGUCAUGAGGAGAGAUCAGCCUCUCAAGAUUCUAAAUCCUGAAGAAAUUGAGAAAUAUGUUGCUGAAAUUGAAAAAGAAAAAGAAGAAAAUGAAAAAAAGAAACAAAAGAAAGCAUCAUGAAGAAAACUUGGAGCAGCUUUUAAACUCAAUCAUGGAUAAGUCUCAGAGACGUGUGGGCUUCUCCAUCUGUCACGCUGAGAGCC